AGGGGGAGCGCGGCGCGGUGCUGCCCGCAGGGACCGUUAAGCCGGGGGGGCGGGCUCGGGGAGCGGUGGCGAGUGAGGAGAGAGGGAGGGCGACCGGCCGAAACUCGCUUUCCCCCCGGGAAGGGAGGCUGCACCCGGGAGCGCCGAGGCGGCGAUCAGCUGAGGGACCUUGGGCCAAAGGAAGGCUGAAGGUGCUGGGGCCAGGCCACGAGUGGCCCAGGACGGCCCCCAGGAAGAGGUUCCCCUGCCACGGGUUGUCCCCUGCCACAUGUCGGCCGUGGGCCCCCAGCCUGAGGGGCAGCACAGCUCCUGUCCCCAAGCCCCUCCAGGGACAGCAAGAUCAACCCACCUGAGCUGGGCUUGAUGCUGGUGGUACCCCAACGAGCGUAACAGCCCUCCCUGCAGCCGCCCCGGAAGAUGGAAGAAAAGAAAAUGGAGAACCUUUCCAGCUCCAAGGAGGAGAGGACUGAAGGUGACUUGAAGACAUUUUGGAUGCAAUUGGGAGGUAGAAGAGUGGACAUCAUAUUUGAGCAGGUGCAAAACGUGCUGCUGUUGCUGAAGCGAAAGAUCAAGAAUGGAACUGCCACAAACCAAGAAUGCUGGCAGGCUUGGACUCUGGUGAAUGAAGCUAAUUUAGGUGAUCUCUUAACCUCAACAAAUGUAAGUGAUGUGUUUGAUGGAGAUGACAUACAGGAAACCCAACCCAAAUUGCAGCGUCGUCUUACAGAUGACAACACUGCAGACGCUGUAGAAAGGUCUCACAGCAAAAAGGAGAACGUAGGAAAAACAGGUUCAGAAGGUAAAGAAGCAUCUGGUAAAAUUGAAGAUUUACCCUUAAACCUGCAGUAUAAGAACCACAAGUGCUCUCGUGCGUGUCUUGCCAACAGAGCAGCGGGCUCCUUCAAGGGUGAAAACCCUCUUAAGAUACCAAUCCUGUUUCACUUCCAAAGACGCCACGCAAAAGCAGACUGCCUUUCCAAAUCACUGGAUGUGAGUUACAAAGCUCCUUGUGGUCGAAGUCUGAGAAGCUUUCAAGAUGUGCAAAAUUAUUUGUUUGAAACACAGUGCAAUUUCUUAUUUGUUGAUCACUUCUCCUUCAACACAUACGUACUGUUGGGCAGGAACACUGUAAAUCCCGAACCCCUCGUGUUUGAUUUUGAUAUUAGCAAUGGAGCUGAGACUGUGCCCAUUUCCUUCUGUAAUGAUCUCGACCGCGCAAGAUUACCUUAUUUCAAAUAUCGGAGGGCGUCGUGGCCGCGUGCAUAUUAUCUCAACAAUUUCUCCAGCAUGUUCGUUGAUUCAUGUGACUGCACAGAUGGCUGCACUGAUAGGUCAAAAUGUGCAUGCCUACAGCUGACUGCAAGAGGCUGUAGUAAAGCGUCUCUCUCUCCACGCAGUAAAACAUGCCAUGGAUACAGUUACAAAAGACUGGAGGGACCUGUUCCUAGUGGAAUUUAUGAGUGUAGUGUGUUGUGCAGGUGUGACAAGAUGAUGUGUCAGAACAGAGUUGUACAGCAUGGCAUUCAAGUCAGGUUGCAAGUGUUCAACACGGAGAAGAAAGGCUGGGCCGUGCGCUGCCUGGAUGAUAUCGACAAGGGGACGUUUGUUUGUACUUACUCAGGCAGGUUAAUGAGCAGAGAUGAAGUUCAAGUAUUGGGGGAUGCUGGUCAAGGGAAGAGUGCUGUGAACAAUACAGCGAGUGGCUUUUUUUCCAAAAAGAGAAAACUUGACACUGAUUGUUCAGACUCUGGGGCUGAACUACUGCAAACUGGCAAAAAUUACAUUCUUGAGAAACAGGAAUCUUUGUCUCAGACUGUGGAUAAUGAGAAUAAAUCAACCCUAGUUCAUCCAAAGAAUUCAAGUAUUGCAACCACAAGAAGACCUGAAACUAGAAUAGCUGUUUUUCAGAAUGACCAGCUAAAAAUGGAAAUUGAUACACUGGUGCACAGUGCCAGCUCAGAUGAAGAUAAUAGUUCUCAGAUUCAUCAGUCAAGCAAAACAAAACUAACCAGUGGAAGAAAGGAAGGAAAAGAAAAACCCACUCAGCAGCAGAAGGAAGAACAUCCAAUGGAAAUUGGACAGACUGAGUCUGCUGACAUGGACAGUGCAGAAUGCAAAAGAAAGCAUCUGUCUCUGCAGGGUGCUGACUGUGGCAAGUCAGGUGUGCUGCGUGACACGUGUGUUGUGGGACCAUCCAAAAACACAGCACUAAAAGCCAACUGCAAAGAGGAGAAUCACAGGCCGUCAAAACAAGACGCGUUUUGUGUGGAGGCUGAUGGUGACAGGACGCUUCUGAAGAAUGCUAACGAAGACAGUAUUUAUGUACUGGAUGCCACAAAAGAAGGAAACGUGGGUCGUUUUCUGAACCACAGCUGCUGCCCAAAUCUCUUUGCACAGAGCGUGUUUGUAGAGACUCACAACAGAAGUUUCCCAUGGGUGGCGUUCUUCACAAACAGGCACGUGAAAGCUGGAGCCGAACUCACGUGGGAUUAUGGUUACGAAGCUGGAAGCAUGCCAGAGACAGAGAUUUCCUGUCAGUGUGGAGUUCAGAAGUGCAGGAAAAAAACCUUAUAGGCAAAGCUUUCCUACUCUCAACACAGCAUGUACCUGGAGAUUUAUAUGCUGGAAGGGACUUCUGCACAGUGAACAGUACACUUCAGUCAGUGGUGCUAAUUCUGUUCAACUAAAAUGCCUUUCACCUGUUUGUUUUUUAAAUUUACAUUUAAAUGUCACUUUUUUAGUUUACAAAAUUAGAACUGUUUGCCAUAAGAACAGGCAUCAAACUUCUAGAUAUUUUCUGUGCUCCUAGUCUUCCCCCCUGCCCCCUUUUUCAUUCGCAAGCAAAGUUCACCGUGCCCUGGAAGAACUCCUGCUUCUGUGCCAUCCGCAGCAGAGACGUGAUUGAUGAAAAGCAGCAAUUAUUUGAUGUUUUCUGUGCCCUUCCAUGAUGCUGAGUCAUCAGAACUUGGUUUUCUGAAACUCGUGAUGAAUGCAAGUCUGCCUGUUUGGGAGCUAAGAAUUAAUAAAAUAUACCUAAGCCCAAUGGAUCCAGUGGGACAGAUAAUCUUGGGCAGAGAUGAGAUUAAUCAGAACGGUUUUGCGGAGCUGUGCUCGUGCUACAAAGUGGGCUGGGCAAGUCCUGCUGCUGCAGGAGAGAAAUGACUGGUUUUUGCUGGGUUGCAUCCCUCUCCAUGUUUGUGACGCACAAGAAAAAUCCUUGAGAAA